CCUUGAGCAUGUGCAGCAUCUACAUGAGCUCUCCUUGGUCUCCUGCGCUCUCGCGAGCAAUUCCUGCUCUUCUGCUCGUGAAACUCUGGCCUGCUCUCGCGCGCGGAGAAAUGUUAGGAAGUGGGCGUACCGUGUCCCAGUAACGCCAAAUCUAAUUGGUUACACCCCUCCUCUUUUAUGAUUGGCCGGUGUCUGGAUUUAAACCUAAACCAGGAAGUCCCUCCAACCUCCAACGUGAUGAAAUAUGGCUGUGGAAACGUCUCACCAUAUUCUGAAACGGCAGAUCCUGGAGAGACUCCUGUCGAAGUUUGAGCUUGCACUCAUUCGAGCACAACUUGACCUGGAUUUGCUGGAGUUUGCAUGUCGCCAGGAGCUGUACCUCCUGCAAGCACUUUCGAGACAUGUUGACAUACCGCAAGGAAUAAUCCAAGCUCUUCAAGAGCUGUUUGGACUACUUAGGCAAUAUUUAUAUUUAGAAGCCCCAAAUACAGCAGUGGGAUCAGUUAUUGGUCUAAGAGGACGUCCUAAGUUUGAAAUUGAGAGGCAGCAGUUGGUUGAGAUGUUGGGGACAAACCUAUCGGUCCUUGCUAAGCUGCUAGGUGUUUCUUCCAGCACAGUCUUUAGAAGGAUGAGAGAGUUUGGCUUAUCUGUUUCAGAAAUGUAUAGCUCCAUCAGUGAUGAGGAGUUGGAUAACGUGGUCAUACCCAUCAAGAAUGACAUGCCCACUGCUGGAUACCGAAUGGUCAAAGGACGGUUGUUAUCCAUUGGUCUACGUGUACAAUGGACAAGAAUGGCUGCCUCAAUGCAUCGAGUGGAUUCCAUAGGCAUCCUCUCCAGACUGGCUAGUCUGGGCUUUGUUGUGAGGAGAACAUAUUCAGUGCGAGGGCCUCUGUCGCUUGUGCACGUGGAUACCAACCACAAAUUGAUACGUUAUAACAUUGUCUUAUUUGGUGGAGUGGACGGGUAUUCGAGAAAGGUAAUGUACUUGGGUGCUUCGACCAACAACCGUGCAUCAACAGCCUAUGGCUUCUUCUUAGAGGCAACACAAAGACAUGGAGUGCCUUUAAGGGUCAGAGGAGACCAAGGAGUAGAAAACGUACAGAUCGCGAGAUUCAUGUUUUCGGUUCGCGGCACCGACCGUGGAAGCUUCAUCUCUGGUAAAAGUGUUCAUAACCAGAGGAUUGAGCGUCUUUGGCGUGAUGUACGAGUCAUUGUCAUCAACAAGUACUCUGCGAUACUGCUUUCCCUCGAAGAGGAUGGUCUGCUCGACAUCUCAUCAACAGACGACCUCUUCUGUGUGCACUACAUCAUUCUUCCCCGACUUCAGAUGGACUUGGGGAUUUUUACAGAAGGCUGGAACCAUCAUCCACUCAGCACUGAACGGAACCAAUGUCCAGAGCAGUUAUGGCAACUUGGACUGAUGCAGACAAACAUUGAUCAGCCGGAGAGCCCAGAGGAGCCAGAUGUUGACUGGGAAAUUGCUGCUGACCACGAUGGAGAAGAAGAGGAUGCAGGGAUUGUCGUCCCCGAAUUCGACUGCCCUUUGAGUCCAGAAGACACAACUGAACUUCAAUCAGUAUUUCAGCAAAUUGACCCAAACACUCCGGUCAAGGAACUGUACUUACUCUGCCCUAAACUCCCUGCUACUCAUAACAGCCUGUGUUAUGAUGCUCAGGAACUCUGGAUAUGAGCCGAGGUGCCUUGUCGGAAAGGUAAUGGAGUUGGAGCAUGCAUUCACUACGGGAAAGCAUACCGUGUGUGUACCAUAGCGCACGCUGCAAUCAUGGUCGAACUCAAUUAAGAUUUUAAACAUCUCUCUCUCUGUUGAGGUGAUGGGGACGUGUGCCUGCCCCGUAAGCCAUUGAAGGAAGCAACCAACAGUGAUCUUGGGUUUUUCCUUCAUCUCCUCUUCAUCUUUUGCCGCUUCACCUGUAGACUCUGUCUCUCUUGAGUCUCUUUCAUCACUCUCUGUUAUCUUCACAGGGGUCCCCCUCUCUUCAACCACGAAGCUCUUUUCUUCCUCUAAAAACAAGUUGAAAAUGAAUACAAAGAAAUGCAUAUAUUCACCUAAGCAAUGUCAAUAAAUAUGGCUAUUGUUUUUAAAAAAAAUGUUUAUGUGGAUAUUUUGAAGAAGAAAACCUCAUUAGCCAGUCCUGCUUUAGUUAUCAUUGUUUCAUCGCAACCAUCAUGAUGCAAAGUUGUGUUUAAACUGAGACAUGUAAACAUGAAUAAAAAGGGUAUGCAAAGCUGUCAUUGAGUUGCCUGUCGUAAUCGGGGGUAAAAUUCAAGAACAAAUACAUUUAUAAAAUGU